CAACUCACGUCACUCUACGCGCACGCGCCGUGUAAACAUCAUGUUUUAUAAAGAACUUCUUUUGACACUCGCUGUUGCAUCCGACCUACUUAUAAUUCCUGUAAGUGGGAAAGAGAUGGAACUAUCGGAUGGGAUACUACAUAGAAGUACGAGACAAGUUUUAUUGUGGCCCAAUAGUACGCUACUACAGUUCAACGCUGGUUUCGGUUUUCCUAGCGCAGCGAAACACAUAAACGUGAACUAUGCAUUUCAAGCGAAUUUUCAACUACCCUGGAAUAGAACGCAGAUACCCUUAGACAUAUUAGUCGCCAACACUGGGUAUGUUGGCUCAGCUAGAAAGAAGAGAGAAGCGGGGAUAAAGCACGACAGGAGUGGGGAUUAUCAGGAUGAUGCGAAGCUGUAUCACUUCUAUAAACAUGUCGAAGCUGUGUUGGAUGGGUUUGGUCACAAUGGCAAGUCCUGUGUCCUGCAAACGUUGUGUCAACUUGGAGCCGAACCCUUACACUCUGAUGAUGAAGAGGAUCUCUUGCAUGAAAUGGCAACUUUCGUAUUAAAUCCUAAAAACGACGGCAUCCACAGCCUGACGGAAAACGACGACACGUAUCCGUACAUCAAGGCGUAUACUGACGGCGAGAACCACGAAGACUGCUCCAAGCUAUACCACGGCUGUUCACUGUCCUUCAUAGAUGUAUUCACGAAACUACACGACCAAGCGUGAUAGGAAAUAAAGACUGUAUUUUUUAAUGCAUUUUGAUUCAUAAUAAUCUUAUGUUAAUAAUCACACUACAAAAGAAAUAAUAAUACGAGUAGUAUGUUACAUAGUGUGCGGCCUAAAAAGCAUUGUAAUAUUACAAAGAAGGCGGUUAAGAUUUGAUUUGUGUUUAUGAAACUCGUUUUCACUGAUAUUUAAUAUUUAAUAUGAAUUACCUAAGAUUUUAUUUUAAGCAUGAACUGAUAAACAUGAUUAAAAAUUAAUGUGUAUUUUAGUGCACAACUACUAUAAUAAUGAUAUACUUAAUAUACACACAUACCUACAUACAUAAUAUCGAAUCGGCUACGUACGCGUAGCGCUACGUUAAUUAGCUACGCAGGGACUAAGCACGCGGAGCGCUACGAAAACGCCUACGCGAGUUUGUAAAUAAAACAUUUUUUACAUUUAAAA